AUGAGGAUAAUACACUUCAUAUACCUGCAGACUUGUUUAUCAACAGUCGUGGCCGUCUAUAGUAAGGAAUAUAUGAGCAUUGUAGGACCACAAAUACCUCUAAAUAACAACUCACAUUACGGCUACAGCAUCGCGUAUUUUGACAAACAAUUAUUUAUAAGUGCACCAGCAGCAGACAACAUUGGACACAUUUAUAGUUAUAACAUUAUUUCAGAUACGGUUAAAAAAAUUGAUACUUCUAUGUUCCCACGAUCCCAUAUGUUUCCACGAUUAAACAAUGACAAAACCGACUAUUGGAUGGGAGCAUCUAUAAAAACUGGUCCUACGUUUUUAGUGAUAUGUGCCCCACGAGCCGUUUCUCAACCGUACGGAGCAACAGUUACAGUGGGAACUUGUUUUAAGCUUUCACAUCAGGAAGAUAAAACGAUUGUAAAGAGACUCCCUGAUUUAGCUGAAGCGGACAAACAAUCAAAUGGAGGCAUGAACAGCUAUGGAUGGAGCAUAGAAGUGGACCACCGUGGCAGAAUCCUGGUCGGUGGUCCAGCUGUUGUGCAGGAUAAAAAUAGUGGGGUAGAAAUUUUUUACAAUGACGACAUAAGCCCAACACUAGUCAAUACAACUAACAUUAUAAAUUUAGGCUACAGUAUAGUAAGUGGGAACUUUUUAACCAACACAGAAGUAACAUACGCCGUCAGUACAACUUACGGCGAGCAUGGAGAAGGGGAGAUCCUCUUUUUUGAUGAAAAAGUAAAAUACAUUAAUAUGCUCGACCAUGGUGAAGUGGGCUCUAUGUAUGGGGCAGUACUUUGUGCAGCUCGCUUGGGGCAUACUCGUACUUCUUUAUUGGUGGGAGCCCCAACGUUCGCUAGCAAUAGUCAAUACAACACUGGAGCUGUGUACCUAUAUAUUCCAGUAAAUAAGACAGAAAUUAUACUAUAUCGAAUAAUAAAAGGAACAGUAGAUGGCGGCCACUUUGGUAGCGCUAUAGCGAAUUUGGGGGAUUUAGACGGAGACAACAAAGAAGAUUUUGCUAUUGGAGCACCGUAUGAGGGACUAGGUGCAGUGUACAUAUACACUGGUUCUGGUCUACUUUCUGACCAGACAUGGUGGCGGAAGAUCCAACCAGAAAAAUUCAAGUCAUUUGGUUUCAGCCUUGUUUCUUUGCCUACCAUUUCUGAAAAACGGUGUAAUGAUCUAGCCGUUGGAGCACCGUUAAGUAACCAUGUAUUCAUACUGAAAUGCAUUCCUGUCACUACUAUCGAAAUAUAUACAGAGUUUCCGGAUUUGCAGAAUCGUUCAAAUCAAACAUUUUUUCAAUUUUUUAUAUGUCAUAAGUUUAUCUAUCCGACCAAUCUGAAACUUAUAAAAUCAAAAAUAAGGAUCCAUGUUCAAAUGACACAUUCCUCAGCAACAUUACAGAAAAAGAGCUACUACGUUUCUACGACAAUGAAAAAAUGUCAAGCUCGUAACGUCCUAACACCAAUUAAAGGUAAUUACGAUGAGUUAUUAAAGUUCAACUUCACAGCAGUUGUAGAAACACCAAAGAAGGGAGUUCCUGAUAUUGUAUUGAGUGAUAGAAGCAUUAUUUCAUUGCAAAAGUCAGUAUGGGCUGCGAACUGCAGGUUAAUGUACGGUCAUUGUUUACCACAAUUGAAGGCAGAGCCCUCGAGUUCUUUCUCAAUUCCGUACAAAGUGGGCUUACAAAAAACUGAGCAAUUCUCUCUCGUAAUUAAGAAUUCUGGUGAGAUCGCAUACGAUGCAUGCGCAGUAGUUUGGCUGCCAAGGGCUCUUAUGAAGCAUAUACCACCAGGCUGUACCCGCGAUGGUAUCACUCAGCGAGUGGUAUGUAAACCUUCAGAACCUAUACCGUCAGGUUCUAAAUGGAAAACUGGUAAUAUUGAAAUCGACACAACUUCCUUAACGAAUAAAGAUGAAAGUAUAGAUAUUCAUUAUGACAUAUACGGUCAUUGUGGAAAUGAAACGGAAAAACAAAGCAGCAAAUUAUCAUUUCCAUUAGUUUUCGGCUUUGACGGCAUCGUUAUUAGUGGUGCUUCAAGCCCUAACAAAGUCUUGAAUAUUAGUAUAGAAGAUGUCAGUUCGGGGAAGCAAUUCCAUCAUAUUUAUACUAUAAUCAACAACGGUGCUUUUGACUUAGUGGAUGUUAAAUGUAAAAUAUUACGUAGCGAUAGAAGCUAUUUGGAAUACAAUACACCUACAGUGAUACAAACGAAAGGUAAUACUACCUCUUCACAAACCUGCGUGUUGGGUGAAGAGGGGCAAAUAGAAGAUAUGAUCUGCAAUAUUGGCGAGUUGCUAAAAGCGAGUGAAAUAGUUGUUUUAUUACCGAUACGAUUCCUGCCAAAUACAUUUAGCAAUAUUAUAAAUGAAAAUAGAACAAUUUAUACUGUACUUAGUCUUGAAAUACUAGGUAAUACUAGUAAAGUUUUAUAUUCCAAUACUGCAAGUACAAGAACACUCCUGGAACCGCAAACUACGUCUGUACCGGUCUGGAUCUCGAUCAUUGCCUUCCUCAUUGCGCUAUUUAUUUUAAUAAUAAUAGUGCUCGUAUUACGCGAGUGUGGUUUUCUAAAAAGGAAGAACAAAACGAAUUUAGAACGAUUAAAGAAUACAAUACAUUCAAGACAUCAAAGAGGAUCACAGAACGUGUCUCUGUGUCCAGGACAUGAAGAGCAAGAG